AUGAUUUCCCUCACAAAUCAAGGCGGCAACACCCACCAGCAGGCCGUUCCCAGGCCUCGCACCGACCGCGUGGUCCCUAAACCCGUCCCGGAGGCUCAGUCCAAGGAUCCCCGCGGCUACCAGCUCGAGCAGCUGCGCAAGCGCUACUCGCCCCGUGAAUCCACCGCUGCGGACGGCACCACCACAUCCCUGGUCUUCCGUAUCAAGCCCUCGGAUCCGGACUUUCCCUUUGAGCUGGAGCACUUGCAAUGCGACCUCCGCGUGCCGGAGGACUACCCCGAUGCAACUCCCAUCCUGCAAGUGCGGAACAGCGAUAUCCCGCGCGGCUUCUGCAUCAACAUUGAGCGGGGGUGGGAAAGGCUCGUGGAGGAACGUCGGGGCGCUACACUUCUCGCCCUCACCUACGCCCUGGACAAGAACCUGGAAAAGUUCCUGUCCGAGCAGGAGGUGGCCACCGUGAAAUUGGUCACCUACAAGGACGAGGGCGUGAAGGAUACCCGCCACCUCGAGGCCGCCGCCAUCGCGGCUAUCCCGGGCCCGGCGACCCAGAUCACAAAGACGCCAUCCCCGGCACCGGCGCCGCCUGUAAGGCACUACACUCCUGAAGAAUACUUCACCAAGGAGGAAAUGGCAGCUGCCAAAGCUCGGCGCGCGCAGGAGACGCGGCAAUUGGAGACGCGCAUGGGACGGCUGUCUCUAUACCGCCGCUCACCGGACGGCAUCGUCUACACACUCCCUCUGGAACCUCGUCGCCGCGCCGAGCUAUCUCCCGGAUUGCAAGGCGUCAAGACGGUUCAUCUUAUUGUGCCGCUGCUGUAUCCGCUGCAACCGCUGCGUAUCCAGCUCAACGAGUGUGACUCGCAAGAUGCGGAGCCCUUGGAGGAGCUCUACGUACACAAGGCAGCGGAGCAGAAGCAGAUGACUCUCACGAGCCACCUGAACUACUUGGCUCAAAAUAUGCAUGUCUUAGCAAAGCAGGCAGCGGCGCCGCCUAAGCCUGCUGCUGUUGCUCAGCCCGUGUCAACGCAGGAGCCUGAAAAGGAUCCCAAGGCAAAGGCACCGGCUAUGGACGAUGAUGACCGCGGCCAUAUCAAAGUCAUCCCGCGUCCACCGGAAUGGGGCCGUCCCGGCGCCGCUGAAGAUAACACAGAUUCAUCAGACAGCUAUGAUUCAGAAGACGACUCGGACGAAGGCGGCGCCGACCUCGACGCAGAACCACCCAGCCUCUCCUCCGGCCUCACCCCAGAAAGGGGCACAUCCAUCUCCUUCCCGACCAUCGAGCUUCACAGCAUCGAGCUCUUCCAGGUCUCCAUCCUCAAUCUGAGCGUAAAAUGCUCGCGCUGCAAAACCAUCAACGAGAUCACCGGCCUCAAGCACGAGGUCCCCCAGACCUCAGCCUGCCGCAAGUGCGCCGCCGGUCUAGCAGCGCAAUUCCGCCAAACCCUCGUCCACGCAAACUCGACCCGCGCCGGCUUCGUUGAUCUCACGGGCUGCACCGUCUCCGACAUGCUCCCCAGCACCUUCAUCCCUGUCUGCGCCAAAUGCUCCACCGCAAGCCAGGGCCUCGUCGCCGUCCGCGGCGACGCCGUCACGAACGUCUGCCGCGCCUGCCACGGCAAGUUCACAUUCAAGAUCCCCACCGUCAAGUUCCUGGCACUCUCCGCUGGCGGUCUCGCGGCCCCGACGACGGGACCCAUAAAGAAGGCCGAGAAACUCGGACUCCACGCGGGCACCCCGCUCCCGGACCGCGGCGCCUGCGCGCACUACCGCAAAAGCUACCGCUGGUUCCGGUUCUCGUGCUGCGCCAAGGUACACCCGUGCGAUCGGUGCCACGAUGAGGCGGAGAACCACGUCAACGAGUGGGCGAAUCGGAUGGUGUGCGGGUGGUGCAGUCGCGAGCAGCGGUAUUCGCCCGAGGCGUGCGGGUUCUGUGGCCGGAGCGUCAUCGGGCGCAAGGGCAAGGGGUUCUGGGAGGGCGGUAAGGGAACGCGGGACCGUAAGUUGAUGAGUCGUAAGGAUCCGAGGAAGUUCAAGAGGGUUGGUGGCGGUGCGGCUGCUGCUGCGAAGAAGGACUAA